UAUUCACAUGCAUAAGAAGAUGUUUAAAGCAAUCCUACGAGCCCCGAUCAGAUUUUUUGAUACCAAUCCAUCAGGAAGAAUCCUAAACAGAUUUUCCAAAGACAUGGGGCAGAUAGACGAGCUUCUGCCUAUCACAUUCGUUGAUUUUCUGUGGAUUUUUGGCGCGAUCGUCAGCGUUGUAAUCCUCACAUCUGUUGUUAACUAUUUUGUGAUCCUUUUGAAUAUUCCAUUUGUCAUUUACUUUCUCUGGCUAAGAAGCUAUUACUUGCGUACUUCAAGAGAUAUAAAAAGACUAGAAGGAUCUUGCAGGAGUCCAGUCUUCAGCUUGCUAUCAUCAACUUUACAAGGUUUACUCACUGUUCGUGCUUUCGGUGUUCAACAACAAUUUGAAGAUAAAUUUCACGAAUAUCAAGAUUUACACAGUGCGUCAUGGUUUCUGUUUCUUGUUGGAACAAGAUGGUUUGGAUUACGACUCGAUUUGAUAACUGCUACGUUCAUAUCAGUCGUUACGUUUUUCACCGUGAUUGGCGCUUCAUUACUGAAUCUUAAUCCGGGUGAAAUUGGAUUAGUUUUAACUUACACGGCAUCAUUGCUUACUAUAUUCCAAUGGGGAGUUCGUCAAAGUGCAGAAAUUGAAAAUUUAAUGAUAUCAGUAGAAAGAGUUCAACAAUAUUAUCGAAUACCACCAGAAGCCACGUUGGAGAAUCCUAAUAAACAACCACCAAACAGCUGGCCAAGAUGUGGCGCUAUCAAGUUUAAAAACGUUUCUUUUUCCUAUUAUGACGGUGGACCAGAGGUGCUAAGAAGUAUUGAUUUCGUAAUACAAUCACAAGAAAAGAUUGGAAUUGUCGGACGAACGGGUGCCGGGAAAAGUUCUCUUAUAUCAGCACUUUUCAGACUGUCGGAACUAACAAGUGGUGAAAUAUUCAUUGAUGGAAUUCCCAUAUCAUCCUUAGGACUUCAUGAUCUACGCAAAGCAUUAUCUAUAAUUCCACAGGAUCCGAUCCUUUUUACUGGAACAAUGAGAAGAAACAUUGAUCCUUUCAACAAUUAUUGGGAUGAAGAUUUAUGGAAAGCAUUGGAGCAGGUUCAGUUGAAAGAGUUGGUUGAAUCUUUUCCUAUGAAACUGAACACAGAAAUCGCUGAAUCGGGAUCUAAUCUCAGUGUUGGACAAAGACAACUUGUUUGCCUUGCUCGAGCAGUUUUGAGGAAAAGUAAAAUUCUUGUGAUCGAUGAAGCAACUGCAAAUGUUGAUAUCAGGACAGAUCGUCUGAUUCAAAAGACGAUACGACAAAAGUUUAAGCAAUGCACUGUUAUAACUAUUGCUCACCGAUUAAAUACAAUAAUAGAUUCAGACAAGAUUUUGGUGCUGGAGGAAGGACAAAUCAAGGAGUUCGACAAACCAAAUGUUCUUUUGCAGAAAAAGGAUGGCCUAUUUGCUAGCAUAGUGAAAAGCGCUGGUCUGUCUACAGCAAAAUCAAAUUUCGAAUAGUACAGGCUACAAAAGUGGCAGCAAUCAAUGUAUUUGUUCAUGUUUUUAAUUCUAUUUCAUUCUUUGCACAUAUAAAUGCUUGAUAUGAAUGAUAUAUAUUGUGACGUGCAUAAGCAUGCUAUUACAUUUUAGAAAUAAA